UCAACUUUCACGAAGAUGACAUAUAUUAGCAUAAAUACAUUUGCGGAUAUUUUUGUUUCAGCCGAACGCGCCCUUGAUACCAUGAAUUUUGACAAUAUAAAAGGGCGGCCUAUUCGGAUCAUGUGGUCCCAGCGCGAUCCCUCCCUACGCAAGUCUGGUGUCGGAAAUGUAUUUAUUAAAAAUCUGGAUAAGAACAUAGACAAUAAGGCGAUGUACGAUACAUUUUCCGCGUUCGGGAAUAUAUUGAGCUGUAAGGUAACGCAAGACGAAUCGGGCGCGUCGAAGGGUUACGGUUUUGUCCAUUUCGAAACGGAGGAAGCAGCCAACAAAUCUAUUGAGAAGGUCAACGGGAUGUUGCUAAAUGGCAAGAAGGUGUACGUUGGCAAAUUCAUUCCGCGUAAGGAACGCCAGAAGGAAUUAGGCGAAAAGGCCAAACUGUUCACGAAUGUUUACGUGAAGAACUUCGGCGAGGAUAUGUCCGACGACAAGCUGAAAGAUAUGUUUGAGAAGUAUGGGACAAUUACGAGUCAUAAAGUAAUGAUCAAGGACGACGGCAAGUCACGUGGGUUUGGAUUUGUCGCAUUUGAGGAUCCCAAUUCUGCCGAGCAAGCGGUGAUGGAAUUAAACGGCAAGGAGAUUGCCGAGGGUAAGCUCAUGUAUGUUGGGCGGGCACAGAAGAAAGCCGAGCGCCAGCAAGAGCUUAAACGUAAAUUCGAGCAGCUGAAGAUCGAGCGUCUGAAUCGUUAUCAAGGCGUGAAUUUAUACGUGAAGAAUCUGGACGACACGAUCGACGAUGAGCGCCUGCGAAAAGAAUUUACUCCAUUUGGCACGAUCACGUCUGCAAAGGUGAUGAUGGAGGAAGGACGUAGCAAGGGAUUCGGCUUCGUGUGCUUCUCACAGCCGGAGGAAGCUACUAAGGCAGUUACCGAGAUGAACGGACGCAUCGUCGGUUCCAAGCCUCUCUAUGUCGCUUUGGCGCAGCGUAAGGAGGAUCGUAAAGCACAUCUCGCUUCUCAGUACAUGCAGCGCAUGGCAAAUAUGCGCAUGCAGCAGAUGGGUCAGAUAUUCCAUCAGCCCGGUAAUACCAGCAGUUACUUCGUACCUACCCUGCCGCAGCCGCAGCGAUUCUAUGGACCAGCGCAGAUGGCGCAGAUCCGCGCUACUCCACGCUGGCCGGCGCAACCGAAUCAAGUGCGACCGAACGCGCAGACCGGCAACUCCGGAUUCGCGUCGAUGCAAGCUGCACCAUUCCGAGCGGCACCGCGCGCUCCUGCUGCACAGGCUGGCGCCUUGCGUAACAACAUGUCCGCCAGACCUAUCACAGGUCUACAAGCAGUUGGCGGCGCCAAUAUGCAAAGCCGUUCCUUGACCGGACCAGCCGUUGGCGUCUCGCCCGGUCAAAGCCGUCCAACGAAUUACAAGUACACGGCAAAUAUGCGCAACCCGCCGCAAGCAGCCAUGGCUCCAUUCGCGCCGAAUCCUACUGCACAGCCUGCGGUUCACAUUCAGGGCCAGGAACCGCUCACCGCGUCGAUGUUAGCCGCGGCGCCGCCACAGGAGCAAAAGCAGAUGCUUGGAGAACGCUUAUUCCCUCUGAUUCAACAUAUGCAUCCGCAACUGACUGGCAAGAUCACUGGUAUGCUGUUGGAGAUUGACAACAGCGAGCUGCUUCACAUGCUGGAGCACAAGGAAUCGCUGAAGGCUAAAGUCGAGGAAGCCGUGGCCGUAUUGCAGGCCCAUCAGGCCAAGCAAGCCGUUGCACCGAAAAAGGAAUAAGCGUUAUAACGAUAAUCUUUAUUUUUAAUAAGGAGAAUUACAUUUCGAUAAAUUUUUAAUUUGAUUCGAUGUACAUCGCCGUGUUGUCCACUAAUUUCAUCUUAUUUCUCUAAAUUUAUGUAAUUAUAAUCGUGUCAAUGUAUGUUUUCGUAACGGAUUUACUUUCCAAGACGUAACCGACUCCGAGAUAUCACUUGAGAAAAAAACAGGAAUGUAUACACUUUUUAUGACGUAAAAUUUUAAGGGAGAAAUCUCUUCGUAUUUGGCGUAUUAGAUUACAGGGGAGUUGCGGACACGUUUUCUGAAUGAGCGGUUACGUUCGUUUUGUGUUUGUUUACUGAAAGAACCGAAAUUGUGAAAAGAUUUCCAGUUCUAGAAUUUUAAGAUAAUAAAUUUUUCUUUCAAGAUAUAUGUA